GGAAACACGGUGCUAGCAGGCAGAAAUGGCAGAUGGGCCUCCCAAGCCAGUCCAGAUUGUGUACUUGCAUAAAGAAGACCACACGUUUGAGCUGGAUACUGAGGCCCUGGAGAGGGUGCUGCUGCAGGAUGGCAUCCGAGACCUGGAUGUGGCUGUAGUCUCUAUAGCAGGGGCUCUGCGAAAGGGCAAGUCCUUCUUGCUUGAUUUUAUGUUACGCUACAUGUCUCGAGAUAAAGAAGCCGACCUGUGGCUUGGAAGUGAAGACGAACCCCUCACUGGAUUCUCCUGGCGGGGAGGUUCUGAGCCUGACACCAAUGGCAUUCAGAUCUGGAGUGAGGUCUUUGUUGUGAAAAAACCUGGUGGUAAAAAGGUAGCUGUGGUGCUGAUGGACACUCAAGGGGCCUUUGAUAGCCAUUCAACUGUUAAAGACUAUGCCACCAUAUUUGCUCUCAGCACCAUGACCAGCUCCAUUCAGAUUUACAACCUUUCACAAAACAUUCAAGAGAAUGCCCUUCAGCAGCUACAACUGUUCACGGAGUAUGGGCGCCUUGCCAUGGAUGAGUGCUACGUCAGACCGUUCCAGUCCCUUAUGUUUCUAGUGCGAGACUGGAGCUGCCCGUAUGAAUACGACUACGGCUUAAGAGGUGGCAUGCAAUUCCUAGAAACACGGCUCAAAGUCAAGGAGCGACAGCACGAAGAAAUCCAAAACGUGCGCAAGCAUAUACACUCCUGCUUCUCCACUGUCAGCUGUUUCCUUUUACCACAUCCUGGCCUGAAGGUGGCCACCAGCCAGCAUUUCCGUGGACAGCUUUGUGACAUCACAGAGGAGUUUAAAAAUCAGCUGAAGAUCCUGGUGCCUUUGCUGCUGAAGCCAGAAAACCUGAUCGAGAAAGAAAUCAAUGGUUCUAAAGUUACAUGCCAAGGUUUGUUAGAAUAUUUUAAAGCCUACAUCAAAAUAUACCAAGGCGAGGACUUGCCACACCCAAAAUCCAUGCUUCAGGCCACAGCAGAGGCCAACAAUUUGGCUGCAGUGGCCUCUGCCAAAGAUCUUUACUACAAAUCCAUGGUGCAGAUGUGUGGAGGGGAUCAUCCCUACGUGUCACCUCAGAUUCUACAAGAAGUGCACAUCCAGUUUGUGCAGACGUCAAUGGAGCACUUCCAUUUCAUUAAGAAGAUGGGGGGCAGAGACUUCAGCCUGAGCUACCAGAACCAGCUUGAGCAUCAGCUAGAAGAACUGUAUGAGAACUUUCUGAAGCACAACCAAGGGAAGAACAUCUUCAGCACCUUCACCACACCAGCGGUCCUCUUUGUCCUUGUCACGGUGCUCUAUUUGCUGUCCAGUUUAUCUGGUUUAUUGGGGGUGUCACUGCUGGCUCAGUUAUGUAACUUCUUCAUUGGGAUUGUUGUUAUCGCCCUCUUCACAUGGACCUACAUCCUCUACAUUGGAGAGUAUCAGAAUGUGGGAGCUCUCAUUGACCACGGAGCCAACUUUUUAUUAAAGCAGGCGACGUCUAGGAUGAACGUCACAAAGACGAUAAGACGUCAGCCCCAGUAUGGCCCAUCAUACAGGAGGGAUCCAGUUUAGCAGUUAUUUGGGUGUUCUGAGACACUUCAGAAAUAAGUAUCUGUAAGGAAGGCAAGUAAAGGCUUGGCCUAAAUCAGUGCUUCCCAAAAUUGGUCCUGGGGACCCACUGUGGCUGCAAGUUUUUGUUCCAAUCAGCUUCUGUUUUUAAUUGGACUCCUGGGCUAAUUAAGUGAACUGUUAUUGCACAGAUUCUGUGAUUUGGGAAAAAUAUAGAAAUUAGAAAACUAAGUUUGGUAAAAAUAUAUAUAUUAAAAUGUACUAAGCAGUUAUAUGGGAAUAAUGUAUUUUUUUCUUUUUAACAAUAUUUUUCAUCUUGAUUUUCAUUCUACUUUUCCAGGUGUUCUAAUUGUUUAAUUAAUCCAUUAUUUACUAAUUAGCAGGUCUGACGCUAAAGUAGUUGCAGCCUUUGAUUAUUC